UUAUCACUGCAGCGCUGGGGGUUAUCUCCUCUCUUGGCCUCUCCCAUGCCUAUUUAUAAGUGCUGCAGACCAGUGCAAAAACGUCUUGGGUUUGGGCUGCCCCUGCCCAGCCUGCAGCAAGGGGACAGCAGCCGUGGUCAGGGUGUCUGCAGCCCAAGUGUGGCUGGGGUCAGCGUGGAGCCAGCAGAGAGGAAAUGGCUCCUUGAGUCAUUAGCGUCAUCUCCUCCUUAACAUCCUCCUCCUUACCAUACCACAGGAGCAGGGGGCUGUGCUGCCCUGGCUGAAGCCUCUGAGCCGCCCUGGGGUACGGCUGGGUGCUGUGCUGGGGGUUCUGCUGCACACCCUGGGCUGCGCCAGUGCUGCCCUCUGACAUUGUGGUGUCAGCAUCCGAUCCAUAGGGCUGGCGGCAAACCUAUCAUCCCCAGUAUCUCCUGGAGUACCCCCAGCCACUGAGCCCUGCUGUCCAUUCCUCAUUGCUCUGUGGUCCUGCUGCCUUAGGAGCACGUUGUGCUGGGUGCAGCUUUGCUCCUGGGCUGAGUUGCGGGCAGGAUUAGCCCUGGGGAUGGAAGCGGGCGCUGGAGGAGCAGCUUUAGUGCUUGGAGAAAGCUUUCAGCUCCCUCAUCCCGCCAUAGAAGCAGAAUGUUUGGAUUCUUCCACAGCUCUCGUUUGUGUUUGGUCGUGUUUGCUCCACUGCCUGGAGGAGCAGUGUUUGUGUGCACGUGCGUUUUCAUCCUCUGCCCAGAAAGGGAAAGGCUCCCUGGAUGUUGAGAACACGGAAUGAAAUGCGUGGGGGAUUUAGCAUGGCCGGAGUCCCCGUGCUGCUCCAGAACAAGUUCCUGUCAGGCCUGUGGCUUUGUGGUUCCUGAGGAUGUGUGUGCAGGGUUAUGGGGCCGGUUCGAAAAGCCAAUCCUGGAUCCGCUCAGGUCAUCAUCUGUCGUCGGCCAAGCGCAAGUUUGCAGAUUCCCUCAAUGAGUUUAAGUUCCGCUGCAUCGGCGAUGCUGAGACAGACGAUGAGAUCUGCAUAGCCAAGUCCCUGCAGGAGUUUGCCACAGUGCUGCGGAACCUGGAAGAUGAGCGGAUGCGCAUGAUUGAGAACGCCAGCGAGGUGCUGAUCACACCGCUGGAGAAGUUCCGCAAGGAGCAGAUCGGGGCUGCCAAGGAUGCCAAAAAGAAAUAUGACAAGGAGACUGAGAAGUACUGUGGUGUCCUAGAAAAGCACUUAAACUUGUCUUCCAAGAAGAAGGAAUCCCAGCUCCAGGAGGCAGACAGCCAGGUGGACCUGGUUCGGCAGCAUUUCUAUGAGGUCUCCCUGGAGUAUGUCUUCAAGGUGCAAGAGGUCCAGGAGAGGAAGAUGUUUGAGUUUGUGGAGCCCCUGCUGGCCUUUCUGCAGGGGCUUUUCACCUUCUACCACCACGGCUAUGAGCUUGCGAAGGACUUCAGUGACUUCAAGACAGAGCUGACCAUCAGCAUCCAGAAUACAAGGAAUCGCUUUGAAGGAACGAGGUCGGAGGUUGAGUCGCUGAUGAAGAAGAUGAAAGAGAAUCCUCAUGAGCACAAAAACAUCAGUCCUUAUACCAUGGAGGGAUAUCUCUAUGUCCAGGAGAAACGUCACUUUGGGACCUCCUGGGUGAAGCAUUACUGCACGUACCAGCGGGAAUCCAAGCGGAUAACGAUGGUGCCAUUUGACCAGAAGUCUGGAGGAAAAGGGGGAGAGGAUGAAGCUGUUAUCCUGAAAUCUUGCACACGGCGGAAAACCGACUCCAUUGAGAAGAGGUUCUGCUUUGAUGUGGAAGCCGUGGAUCGGCCCGGUGUGAUCACCAUGCAGGCGCUUUCAGAGGAGGACCGAAGGCUUUGGAUGGAGGCAAUGGAUGGCCGGGAGCCGGUCUACAACUCGAACAAGGACAAUCAAAGCGAAGGCACUGCCCAGUUGGAUAGUAUUGGCUUCAGCAUUAUCAAGAAAUGCAUACACGCUGUUGAAACAAGAGGGAUCAAUGAGCAAGGACUCUACAGAAUUGUUGGAGUAAACUCUAGAGUUCAAAAGCUGUUGAGUAUAUUGAUGGAUCCAAAGACUGCCACCGAAACAGAAACGGAGAUCUGUGCAGAAUGGGAGAUAAAGACCAUCACUAGUGCCCUGAAAACGUACCUGAGAAUGCUUCCGGGGCCGCUCAUGAUGUACCAGUUUCAAAGGAGCUUCAUCAAAGCAGCAAAACUGGAGAAUCAGGAAUCCAGGGUGUCAGAGAUCCACAGCCUCGUUCAUCGGCUCCCGGAGAAAAACAGGCAGAUGCUGCACUUGCUCAUGAACCACUUGGCAAAAGUUGCAGAUAACCACAAGCAGAACCUGAUGACUGUUGCUAAUCUGGGUGUGGUAUUUGGGCCAACGCUGCUUCGACCCCAGGAGGAAACAGUCGCUGCCAUUAUGGACAUCAAGUUUCAGAACAUUGUGAUUGAAAUUUUAAUAGAAAACCAUGAGAAGAUAUUUAACACAGUGCCGGAGACCCCGCCGUCAAACUCACAGCUGCUGCUGUCCCGCAAGAAGAGCACGGACUCAAAGCCUCCGUCAUGCAGUGAGCGGCCGCUCACCCUAUUCCACACCGCGCAGCCCAACGAGAAGCAGGAGAGCCGGAACAGCAUCAUCAACUCCAGCCUGGAAUCCGUCAUCUCUUCAAAUGCAAACAGCUUCCUCAACUCCAACAGCGCGCCCCAGUCCAACCUGAAUUCAAGUGAUCUCGAACUAGAAGUAAUUAAACCCAACAGGCCAAAUUCACUCCCUCAGAAUCCAAGCCCAACGUCACCCCUCUCACCGUCCUGGCCCAUGUUCUCCGCGCCAUCAAGUCCUAUGCCCACCUCCUCUACGUCCAGCGACUCAUCCCCCAUCAGCUCGCCGUUGCGGAAAGCCCGGGCUUUGUACGCCUGCAAAGCAGAACACGACUCGGAGCUCUCCUUCACAGCAGGCACUGUGUUUGACAAUGUGCACCCAUCGCAGGAGCCCGGCUGGCUGGAAGGGACGCUCAACGGGAAGACCGGGCUCAUCCCCGAGAACUACGUGGAGUUCCUAUAGCUGCAUGUGAGCGGGACUGCUGAGCGUUACAUGGUAUCCAUGGCACCACUUGGCCCUGUGUGCGGUGCGGGGCGAAGGGCUCCUCAUGGCCACGGACACAGUGUGGGUGCUGCUCUGUGCGCCGUGCUGCGUCCCCAGCCCGGAGCCCCCACCGCCACGAGGACAGCAACAAAGCAGCAGCCUGCAGCUCUGGGGGAACGUGCCUGCAGACUGCCCCAAGCAAGCACCGCUGUCCCCACUGCUGCAGUGCUCGUGAGCUGCAAGGAGCACUGUCAACCACAGGCCUGGACCUACACUGCCUGGCGCAGGAGAAGCCUCCAGCAGCAAGAAGCCCUCAGCCGGCCCGCAGCCCUCUGCUUUGCAGCAGUGUGGUGGCACUGAGCCCCCCGUGCACCCCGCCUGGCUGCCGAGGGCGGGCGGCCAGCCCGGACCAACCCCUCUGACUGUUCUCUUUUGUUUUUAGGUUUAAGUUUACACAAGGUAAACAUCUGCAAUGUGUGCCGGCGUUUCCUUCCUGCAGGGCGAGACGCGGCUCUGAUAAAUCCCACUCCCUUUGGCUGCUCCCUGUCUCUGCUCCCUGCUGCAGGGCACAGCCCGCCCCUGUGCCGCUCCCACCGCUGCUGUCCUUCAUCUGCUGUGCCAACCUGUGCGGUGCUGCCUGUGUGAGGUAAAGGACACGUGCCCGUGGGAUGCUCCUGGCCGGGGGAGCUGCCUGCAGCCUGUGGACAGCAAACGGCCGCACUGCACAUCUCACCCUUGGGUCCAUUUGCAGGAGGGGGGUGGGAGAGGGGCCCUGCAGAGCUGGACCUGCGGGCACCCGCUGGGAGCUGGGAUGGUUCUAUUUUGUGAUAGAAAAUGGUGAAGGAAGACCCAAUCCGUGGGCAGAGACCUGCGCACACGUGGUGGGAUGGGGUCUUUUUGUCCUUUUGUAAUGAUUUUAAAGCCUCCGAGUGACUGGAUUGCUGUAUGUAUGUGUCACUUUUUAUUUUUGAAAGAAUUAAUGUAUAAAUAGAGUAUCUUAAAAUAUAAUGAGGGAAAGAUGUAUAUUAUUUGGUAUUUUUAGAAGGGCUGUAAGGAGAGGAGCGAAGGACAUUUGAAACCGGUGAUGGAAAAAGACGGUGCGAACGCACUGACAGCCACAGGCAGCCCUGGGCCUCGGCCUCUCCGUUCGCUUCCCCGUGUCACUUAGAAAUAGGGGAAGCUGAAAUUUCAGACCUCUUUAAAGUUCAUUCACAGUAAUUAAACUUCCUGGACUUUUGUCUUCAGAAAAAAA